UUAUAUUGUUUGGGACUCUACAUAUAACGGAAAUACCGUUGGCCACAGCUACCUUCCUCUCCUUCCCUCCUUCCCACCCUCCUGUCAGCCAUCCAUCAUCAUCAGACCAUCUUCAUCAAAACCAUCCAAAGCCUCCACCGUCAGGUUUUAGUGAAGGUGGUGGUGGGCCACGUAGCAUCAUCCCAGAAGUUCAAGGCAAGAUCUUUCUUCUUCUUCUUCUUUUUGGCCUUUUUAAGAUUGGGAAUGCAUGAUUUUUUCCCCCCUUUUGGUGGGAAUUAGAUUCUGGGUGUUCUUGUUUCAGAUGGCAGCAUCCAUGGACAAUGUCCGUGGCCUUGCUUUGGCUCUCUCAUCGAGCUUUUUCAUCGGUUCGAGUUUUAUAGUGAAGAAGAAGGGGCUGAAGAGGGCAGGGAAUUAUGGAGUCAGAGCAGGAUCAGGCGGACACUCGUACUUGUACGAGCCAUUAUGGUGGGUUGGGAUGAUUACUAUGAUUUUCGGCGAAGUAGCUAACUUUGCUGCUUACGCUUUUGCUCCGGCAAUCCUUGUAACUCCAUUGGGAGCUCUGAGCAUCAUCGUCAGUGCAGUGCUAGCUCAUUUUAUUUUGAAGGAGAAAUUGCAUAUAUUUGGUGUUCUUGGCUGCAUUCUAUGUGUGGUCGGGUCUACGAGUAUCGUUUUACAUGCCCCACAAGAAAAGGCGAUUCAUUCGGUGAAGGAAGUAUGGUUCCUUGCAACUGAGCCAGGUUUCAUCGUUUACACUUGCCUGGUCGUGAUCUCGGUUCUUGUCCUUAUUUUCGUGUUUGUUCCAUGUUAUGGCCAGUCUCAUAUGUGGGUAUACAUUGGAAUUUGCUCUCUCACGGGCUCUCUCACGGUAAUGUGUGUGAAAGCGGUGGGGAUUGCUUUAAAACUAACGUUUGAGGGGACAAAUCAAUUUGUCUAUCUCCAGACUUGGUUUUUCACUGUCGUUGUCGUAAUCUGCUGUCUCAUGCAAAUGAACUACUUGAACAAGGCACUGGACACCUUCAACACUGCUGUCAUAUCUCCUGUCUACUAUGUGAUGUUCACUUCUUUCACCAUCAUUGCCAGCAUGAUCAUGUUCAAGAACCCAGUUGAUUUUGUAGUGAGCCUGUGCCCAUCAUGAGAGGAUGGGCCAUGUGAGGAAUAUAUGCUAUUAUUGGAAUGCGGUGUACGUUUCCACACCUAUGAAAAUGCGGACAGACCAGGCGACAUUCGAUUCCACUCACAAGAAUUCAGAUUCACCAAUCUGCAUUUUAAUAAUGCAUGUGAAUUUGAUAUUCAAACCAGCACUCAUCAACAUCAAUUAUCGCCAAGUUCUAAACUGGAGCUGGACCAUGUGUCCCAACUGGCUUGGACUGUGACUGGCCCACCGAAAUGUGCCUCGUCAGUUAUGGGAUAGCUGUUUUGAGGGAAGGGAAAAAAAUCA